CUGCCCUCAAACUAGCCAGAUUUAAAGAUCAAGUGACAACACGAAAACAGACACAAGAAAUACCAUAGCAAGAUGUCCGCCAAAGCAAUACGCGAAGCCACCGGCAAAGACAUUAUCAACCGUCAUCUACAGGGCGAUCAUGGAGCGGCCAAGUGUCGCUUUGCAACCGUGACCGAAACUACACAGUGGCAGCAGCUGGUGCUGGACAACCCGUGGUUGGAGACAUCGCCUCUUGUGGUGAAACCGGAUCAGCUGAUCAAGAGACGCGGCAAACUUGGACUGAUUGCUGUUAACAAAAAUCUAGCCCAAGUAAAGACAUGGGUCAACGAACGGAUGGGCAAAGAUCAGAAGGUUGGAAAUGCUACGGGAAAGCUGCGCAAUUUUAUCAUCGAACCGUUUGUUCCGCACAAAGAUAUUGAGGAAGCGUACGUAUGCAUCUACUCGCACCGGACGGCCGACACAAUACUGUUCUACCACCAGGGCGGAGUUGACAUUGGCGAUGUGGACUCGAAAGCAUUGAAGCUGGAUGUACCUGUCGGCAAGGAUGUCACUGUGGCAGAAAUUGAAAAAGUUUUGCUGACUGAAAUUCCUUCCGCCAAGAAGCAACGAGUGGCCAGCUUUGUGUACAAUCUCUACCGAUUGUAUGUGGAUCUAUACUUUACGUACUUGGAAAUCAAUCCACUGGUCAUCACGAACGAUUCCAUCUACAUUCUCGACUUGGCUGCCAAGGUCGAUGCGACUGCGGAUUUCAUCUGUCGGCCGAAAUGGGGUGAAAUUGAUUAUCCGCCACCGUUCGGACGGGACGCCUUCCCGGAGGAAGCGUAUAUUGCCGAUUUGGAUGCAAAGAGUGGCGCUUCACUGAAGCUGACGAUUCUGAACCGGAACGGUCGCAUCUGGACGAUGGUUGCCGGUGGUGGUGCUAGUGUGAUCUAUUCCGAUACGAUCUGCGAUCUGGGCGGUGCUAGCGAGCUAGCCAACUAUGGUGAAUACAGUGGUGCACCGUCCGAACAGCAGACGUACGAGUAUGCUAAAACCAUUCUCAGUCUGAUGACCAGCAGCCCGAAACAUCCGGAUGGUAAGGUGUUGAUCACUGGCGGAGGCAUUGCUAACUUUACCAAUGUGGCAGCAACGUUUAGCGGCAUUAUUACCGCACUGCGCGACUAUCAGCAGAAGCUGAUCGAACACAAUGUGUCGAUCUUUGUGCGCCGUGCAGGUCCGAACUACCAGGAAGGUUUGCGCAAGAUGCGUGAGAUUGGCAGCAGCUUGGGCAUUCCGCUAUAUGUGUUCGGGCCGGAAACACACAUGACGGCUAUUUGCGGUAUGGCACUGGGAAAGAAACCGAUCGCGAAGAGUAACAAUGUUCACUUUGCCACGGCUAACUUUCUUCUGCCGGGUGGCCAACAGGGAGCCGAAUCGUCUAAGAAAUCGUCUACCGGCAGUCAGGAAAAUGCAGCUAGCAGUGGCGUUAGUAAGAAAUUGAUCUCACCCGCUACUUCCCCGGUAGGCGAAACUGGUUCGGUCCGAAUGUCCCAAACUGAGAUCGGCUCGGAUGCGUACCGACAAAUGUUUACCAACCGCACCAAGGCGCUCGUUUGGGGCAUGCAAACCCGAGCUGUCCAGUCGAUGCUGGAUUUCGAUUUUAUCUGCAGCCGAGAUGAACCUUCCGUCGUGGCUAUGGUGUACCCGUUCACCGGAUACCAUAAGCAAAAGUUCUACUGGGGUCACAAGGAAGUGCUGAUCCCGGUGUAUUCCAAAAUGUCGGAAGCCAUUAACAAGCAUAAGGAGGCGGACGUGUUGGUAAACUUUGCGUCCCUACGCUCCGCUUACGAUAGUUCGAUCGAAGUGUUGGACUAUCCGCAGAUCCGCACGAUUGCUAUCAUUGCUGAAGGCAUUCCGGAGAAUUUGACGCGCAAGCUGAACAUGGCCGCACGGGAACGCAACGUGUCGAUCAUCGGUCCGGCUACGGUCGGUGGUGUUAAGCCGGGUUGCUUCAAGAUCGGCAAUACGGGCGGUAUGCUCGACAACAUUAUACAUUCCAAGCUGUAUCGUGCUGGUAGCGUUGCGUACGUGUCCCGCUCGGGCGGUAUGUCUAACGAGCUGAACAACAUCCUUUCGCUGACGACGGAUGGCGUGUACGAGGGUGUAGCGAUUGGUGGCGAUCGUUAUCCGGGCACAACCUUCAUGGAUCACAUCAUGCGCUAUCAGGCCGAUCCGGCCGCCAAGAUGAUCGUGCUGUUGGGUGAAGUUGGUGGCGUGGAGGAAUACGAAGUGUGUGAAGCGCUUAAGGAUGGUCGCAUCACCAAGCCGCUGAUUGCCUGGUGUAUUGGCACGUGUGCCGGAAUGUUCACGUCCGAGGUGCAGUUCGGGCACGCGGGAUCCUGUGCGAAUACGGAUCGUGAAACUGCGUCGGCCAAAAACAAGUCUUUGGCGGAAGCGGGUGCCCAUGUGCCGAAAUCUUUCGAUGCGUUCGGAGAUCUCAUCGCAUCGGUGUACGAGAACAUGGUGAAGGAAGGACACAUUGUGCCUGCCGAAGAAGUUCCACCGCCGACCGUACCGAUGGAUUAUUCGUGGGCCCGUGAGCUUGGACUGAUCCGGAAGCCGGCUUCGUUCAUGACGUCGAUUUGUGACGAGAGAGGCCAGGAGCUGCUGUACGCCGGUAUGCCGAUCAGUGAUGUGCUGCAGAAGAACGUUGGCAUCGGUGGUGUGGUGUCGCUGCUUUGGUUCCAGCGCUGUCUGCCACCGUACGUGUGUAAGUUCUUCGAAAUGUGUCUGAUGGUUACGGCUGACCAUGGACCGGCCGUGUCCGGCGCGCACAACACGAUCGUUUGUGCACGUGCGGGAAAAGAUUUGGUAUCGUCGGUGGUGAGCGGUCUGCUUACGAUCGGUGAUCGUUUCGGUGGUGCACUGGACGGUGCCGCCAAACAGUUUUCCGAGGCGUACGAUUCCAACCUUCAUCCGAUGGAGUUUGUAAACUCUAUGCGCAAGAAGGGUCAACUGAUCAUGGGUAUCGGUCAUCGAGUAAAAUCGAUCAACAAUCCGGACGUGCGUGUGAAGAUCAUCAAGGAGUUUGUAAUGCAAAACUUCCCAGCUUACCCGCUGCUAGAAUACGCGUUGGAAGUGGAAAAGAUUACCACCAGCAAGAAACCGAAUCUAAUUUUGAACGUUGAUGGAGUGAUUGCCACGUCUUUUGUCGAUUUGCUGCGAAACUGUGGUUCUUUCACAAGCGAGGAAGCUCAGGAAUACAUUAACAUCGGUGCGAUCAAUUCGCUGUUUGUGUUGGGACGCAGCAUCGGAUUCAUCGGACAUUACAUGGAUCAGAAGCGCUUGAAGCAGGGCCUGUAUCGUCAUCCGUGGGACGAUAUCUCGUACGUUCUUCCCGAGCAGUACAACUAAAG